ACUGGCCUACAUAUCAUUGCCCAAUUCCCUUCUUCAAAACGGCAUUCUUCUCUCUCUGCUUUAUCUCUUUCUCUCUCUCUCAGUUAGCUUUUCAGUAGGCUUUGUUCUCACUGUCUUUUUAGUAUUUUGCUCUUAAGAGUUAAGAGCACUCUGAUCGUUCUUUUCUUCCUCAUUCAGUUCUUUAUCUGUGUCAUUGAGUUUGGUGGGGGGUUUGAGUGUGUAAAAAUGGAGAGGAAGCAGGGUUUCUUUUCGGCGCUGAAGGAGGAGGUUGUCAGAGGGUUGUCGCCGGGGAGGUCAAGGGCGAAGAGUCCGGCGAGAAGUGGGUCACCCAUGUCGAGCUUGCUUCGGCGGAGGAGGAAGGGCCACCACAAUGCGCAGCCGGAGACGUUGAUUCCGAGAUCCGGGAGCUUGAGGCCGCUGGAGGCCUUGUCGCCGUUGAAGGAAGGUCCAGACGGCACGGACGGCGAGGAUUCAAGGAUGGAAGGAAGAUGGGGACAGUGGAUGAAGAUGGGCCAGCUCUCAAGGGCGCCUUCCGUCUCGUGCUCUGCCUAUAAACGCUCGGAUCUGAGGCUGUUGCUUGGAGUCUUGGGUGCGCCUCUCGCACCCGUGCACGUUAGCUCCGCCGAUCCUUUCCCUCACCUUAGCAUCAAAGACACUCCAAUCGAAAGUUCGUCUGCUCAGUACAUAUUGCAGCAGUACACUGCAGCUUCUGGAGGGCAAAAACUUCAAAACACCAUCCACAAUGCUUAUGCCAUGGGGAAGGUGAGGAUGAUAGCUUCUGAGUUUGAGACGGCCAACAGGGUCAUAAGGAACCGGAACUCAUCCAAAGCUGCAGAAUCGGGUGGGUUUGUCCUGUGGCAGAUGAAUCCAGACAUGUGGUAUGUAGAGCUUGCACUUGGUGGCAGCAAGGUUCAUGCCGGUUGCAAUGGGAAGCUUGUCUGGAGGCACACACCUUGGCUUGGUGCACAUGCUGCAAAAGGGCCUGUUAGACCGUUGCGCAGAGCUCUACAGGGACUUGACCCUAGAACCACUGCAAGCAUGUUUACCAAUGCAAGAUGCAUUGGAGAGAAGAAUAUCAAUGGAGAAGAUUGUUUCAUCCUCAAGCUCUGUGCAGAUCCUGUGACACUGAAAGCCAGGAGCGAAGGCCCGGCAGAGAUCAUAAGGCACGUCUUGUUUGGCUACUUCAGUCAGAAAACAGGGCUCCUAGUGCACUUGGAAGAUUCCCAUUUGACCCGCAUUCAGAAUAAUGGAGGCGAUGCUGUGUAUUGGGAGACUACAAUCAAUUCAUUCCUUGAUGAUUACAGGCCCGUUGAGGGAGUCAUGAUCGCUCACUCCGGUCGUUCAGUAGUGACCCUUUUCAGGUUUGGAGAAACAGCAAUGAGCCACACAAAAACCAGGAUGGAAGAAGCAUGGACAAUAGAGGAAGUGGCUUUCAAUGUUCCAGGGCUUUCAAUAGACUGUUUCAUUCCUCCUGCUGAAGUAAGAUUUGCUUCUGUGAGUGAAGCCUGUGAGCUUCCUCAAGGUGAGAGGGUAAACACUGCUAUGGCAGCAGCAGCAUAUCGUGCAAAAGUUGCAGCACUUGAGAUUUCUCACAACGGCAACGAUAAUAGUGGCAUUUGAUAAACCUUUAUGAAAGGGGAAGCUUCGGUUGUUAGCAGAUUUUUCACAUUACUAGCUCGGUGUCUAGUUUCAACUGACUAAAAAAUUAGAAGAUAGUUGGGUAAGGUAGUAGCUGGGUUGUUUGUGCAUUCUCGGCGUGGGAGAAGUGCCCCUUCAAAUUUGUAAAUACUGCACAAUCAUUCACAGUUUCCUGAGUGACUUUUUAGUCUCGCAGUGGAGAAUCAGAUUCUGGAGUCGAGGGUUUUUGGUGGAUGUUUGAGCAAACAGAGGUUUGUUUUCCCAUUUACUUUCAACAGAUGUCCGGAAAACAGGAAAUCUAAGGAACAUUUUCUCA